UCCCUCCCGUCGACGCGCCCUCGCGUUCGCAACCCUUGCGUAAACAGUGACUGUGCUGUCAAACCCACCAUGUGACUACUGCUCGCCGCUGUGGUCAUCGACAAACUGCACCCAAGCAAAAUGAAGAUGAAGGAAAUCUCUGAGGAGGAUCCGAACUUGGAUGACGUGGUGCCUAUCCCGGUUCAAAUCUUUCUCUGGCGACUCACAGCUCCCUUCGUCAGGCCCAGGCUUGGCAGAGUCCACGACGAUGAUUGCAUGUUCUGUCAGAGAGCUCCUGGGCAUCAUGAAAUAAAACAAGCUGCAAAGUCGUUCGAGAAGGCUUUGGUACAAAAUCUUCGGUUGGGUCUUUCGAUUAGUUUAACGGAAUCGGAAGCAAUAGAAGCUAUUCCACGAUGGCGCCUGAUUCAAGCUGCAUUUCCUCAUGUAAUGCACUCUCUGGCAGCACUCUUACACAACAGGGUCAAAGACAACAUGCAGUCCCUGGGAAAUGUGGAAACUACCCUCCUGUACACAUUACAUUGGAUCCUCCUUGACGCCUCAGACGAAUGUGCUGACAAUGACUAUGAGAAUGGAGUAUUCUAUUCAAACCCUUUCCAUUACCUUUUCUCAGUACCUUCUAUAACACUUUUUGUAUUCCUCUUUGCACCAAUAUCUCAACACCUAAAGGAAUCUGAUUUCACCAACAACUACCGAUUAGAAAAUGGCCUGAAGUUGUGGCAAGCGAUGUGGGAAUUCCGGCAUCCCGAUGCACCGUGCUUCUCGACCCUGGUCAAGCCCAAACCGAAACCUUUGGGUGGGAAAUUUUCUAAGCGAAAUCAGCAUGGGGACGUGUUUAUGGGGCGCAAAUUCUCGAAGGAAGAGGGUACAGUCAAUGGUAGUCCACCAAGUCAAAAUGUAUCAGUGUCUCAGUCGGAGGCACCGUCCAAACAGCCAAGCACUGAGGAAGAGCCCUGGCUUUCUUCUCCAAAGGACACAAUCUUUCCAGAAACUAUACCAGAAGAGAGUUCUAGUACAGAAGAGGAGCAUGUUUUUAUUUAUCGCUUGCCAUCCGAACAAAACUAUGGUGGUGCUGUCAAAGAAACUUACACAGUGUAUGCUGCUGACCCAAGUCUAUUCCAGCUUCGCAAAACUGAUCCUUCAAAACCAGGUCUACCUGGUAUCAAACCACUGCCUCCUGUGACUAAAAUGAGUUCGUCUGAUAAGGAAUCUCUAUCAGAUAGUGCUGGUAUAGGGCAACAAAAAGGAGUACCAACAACAGAGAAGCCCAUGUCUAAACAAGUUCAUGUAUCUGCCGCUACUUUUCUAGAUGUUGCGACUUUACGGUGUUUAUUCACUUCUCAGUGGCAAGAAGAAGGUGUAUAUUGGGCACUUCACUAUCUGUACAACAGGUUACGUGAUAUUUGUGAUGAUAUGUCUAAACAAACACAGCCAAGGAAAAGAAGUAACUCUUUACCUAUUCCUAAGAUCGAAGUUUCAGUGUACCAAAGUCCAGAUAUAAAAGAGCGCGACUCUUUGAAAAACUUCAUGGAAGUGCCAGAAAUCAAAGACAUGUCGCCAGUCACAGAACUACCGUUUCCAGUUUCCCCUAAAGUUGAGGAAGAAACUGUAAUGAGUAGACGAUCUAGCGAGAAAAUUAAACGCAAAAUGAAAAUGGCCGACCUCAAAGCGUUCGUUGAAACAAAACUGCUAUCGAAAUCGGAUAAGGCACUGGAAAAAAUUGGGCAGGAAGACCACAAGUUCACGUUUCACACUGCAGUAAGAAUGAUAUCUGAGUAUCAUAGAAGUCUUGAUCAUGCUGAUGAUAGACCAAACUCUGCACUUUCAAGCAACUUCCCAACUUUUGCCCCUAGACUAACUGGCGAUUUAUUUCAGUGCAAUCUGAUCAAAGGGAAAAGUAUGCCGAGUCUGAGCUGUCUGAUUGAUGAGCUAGCCUCGAAUGGGUACAUCGGGGAGGUGAAGACAGAGAGAGCACACGGUCCGUCUCAUACAAUGCCUUCCAACUUGCAAAAGAAAAACAACCCUAUUAUAACGGUCACAGAACACACACCUACACCGUCGCCGGAUUAUCUCUCUAAGACAAGACAAGGCUCUCUAGAAUCACAAAUAGAUUCAGUGAGCAUGCAAGGAUCUCAACAUAAUAUUCCAACGCCAGAAAGGAAACCCAGUUUGUCGCGAUCUCAGACUGAUUCAAAUAUCACCUACGUUGUCGAAGAAAUACAAGAGGCUCCAGGGUCCUUGCAUUAUAUCACCAAGGAUGGAGAUAUUGACUUCCAGGUUGUUCUUAAGGCAGUCUACUCAGUAUCCACCAUGGAUAGCUUCUACAUCACCUUACGGGUUAUGGAAGUUAUGCUGAACUUGGUGGAUACACUUAUGGAGAUUGGCGUUCACAAGAACUGGCAGAAUAACCAAGUAGAAGAAAUACAACCAACACCCGAUCCUCUGAUUGAUUUUAGCAAGGAAAAAGAGAAUAAGGAAAGAGAUUCUGGACUCCCGUGUGCACAAAGUCAAGAUUCCAAUAACACUAACAUAGAUGGUUGCGACAGCACAAAAGAGAAGGCUAAAGAUGAAGAAAACCUCGAUUGUCCUUACUACAUGAUCAUGCACAUUAUACUUAGACUGCUUCGCCAACUGGGCUGUUCUCACGGCUGCAUGACAGCUCUCCGAGGGCCCCAAGCAGAGUGCCUCAGGGUGCAAGCCAGGAACUCCCUACGCCAAUUGCGCUCCGAAGCCAUACCCAAGUUUACCAUGCGUCUGAAGGAGAUGACUAAAUACGCCCCUAUUAGAGAGGUGCUUGACAAUUUACAUGCUACGGUUGGAUUCUGUGUUGAGCCUUCGACUUUGGUGUCGCCUAUGAGUCAGCAAAAACGAAGCACCAAGUCUCCAGAAAUCAGCCACCUACAAUCCGCCUACGCAAGUAACUUUGGUGCCGCCCAAUGUGCCAAUGCAAAUAGAGUCAUAGAGACGUUUAUUAUAGAGUCCACUUUUCGAGUGCUUGUUACCAGAUUCGCCCUUAUGCAUAAGGAGCUGAAGAUGCUGGAUAACUCAAAACUGUACAUGGAAGUACGCCUACUUCUAAGCUACGUGCGCGAAGCUCACGGUGGCAUAUUCAGAGUGGUGGCUUUCAGCGGUCUACUUGACACAGCUGAAAGGCCCGACAGCCAACAAAAGGAGUCGAAUAUGCAGACUACAAGGGUCAUAAGGCAUAUCCCACGUCCAGCUGACGACGAACGUGGAUCCGACACGGGCGCGGAUUCGGGAUGUGCUGCCGAUGACCGAAGCCACAACAAGAAGUUCACGUUCAAGAAGCGAAGCACUUCUUCCACUGGUGCACAUUCCGCCUUCUUAUUGUUUCAGAGCCUGCUCGAAACGGACGGCGGAGAUGAGUCCGCUAGCCAAUCUCCGCUAUCCGUGCGCACGCGCCGCUACCAGCUGACGCCGAGACAGUCGGAGCGGACGAUACCCUCCGCUUCGUCUGCGGAUAUCACGCCCCAUCAUAAGAUAUCGCACUCGAAAUCUAUACCUUCUAAAUUCCACAUCAGCGGUAUUGUAAACUGGUUCCGUCAAAAGCCGCAACAGUCGCAAUCGUUGAUCCGCAACGGCGGUGGUUCCGGCGAAUCAUUACCGAUAUCUGGAAGUAUGAUAUCUCUUGCGCGACCACCACACGUCACGCAACCACACUCGAGCCGUCCUGUGCACGUAAAACGACGCGUUGGAUAUACGCUCAAUAGGGCUAGAAAAAGGGUUGAAGAUAGACUCAACAGAUUCGGUCUGAGAAAAAUGUGCAAGAAACGUGAUGGCAGCAUUGAAGAGACAAGCGGUGGAUACAUGUCAAGACGUGGUUCAGCGGAAGGCGGUUCAGGGGGUGGAGAAUCCGAGGUGGUGGUGCUGAAACGUAGACGACUGGUGGCUGCCGCGCCUUUAUAUGCUGGAUUGGCCAGGUUCAACUUCUUGUUGGACGCUACGCAGCCUGGUGGCACUCCUGACGCUUUGUUUAUGGCAGCUUUGUUGGAUUUGCCUCAUACUGUCGUCGUGGGAAGAGCUGCUAUAAUAUUGGAAUGUGCCCACCUAGUGCAUAACUGCAACAAGGGUCAGUGGCCUUAUUGGCUCAAGUCGAAUAUAGCUAAGAAUACUGGUAAGAUAUCAUGUCAAUGUUACCAAAUAAAAAAAAUAUGUAGGUUAUGAACAUUUACAUAAUAUUUUUUCUUUACAGUGUCUUCUAGCCCACAACUGAGACGACGUCUUGCUGGAAAACUAUUCUACCAAUGGGCCGAAGCUAUAGGCAACAGACUCGAAGAAAUGUUGGUAGAAGACAAAAAACACCUAGAAAAUGUUACUACUCUGGUAACCGAUCCCGAUGGACAACGAGAGCUAUUGCAGCAAGAUGAAGAAGAGGAUUUCCUUGACGAAGCAAGCAUUCGUCUGCCUGGAAAACCUAUUGGAGCCGAUUGCCCUCGAGCUCUAAGACUAGUCGCCUGCGUUCUUUUAUUCGAAGUAACCGCUUUCUUGCGAGAAACGUACCAAAAUUUACCAAAGUCAUGCCGCUCGUCGUUAAAGGAAAGAGGACCUUGGGACAGAGUAUACAGGGAGGCUAAUCGUCGUUGGAGUAUGGCUCUGUCAAGUAUGGGUCACUCACAAGCUUCUGCCCAGAGUCUUCAGUCCAUAGCGGGAGCAGAGACUGAGAGAAAGAUAUCUUUUGUUCUGCACGAACCUGAAAAUGUUUCUGGAGGAAGCAACGUUACAUUAGCCGAUGCCAUCCCUCCAGCGGUGGAUGAGAAAAAAGGCCGUCUUGGGUCUCGAGGCAAAGCGUGCAUGCAUCGACGAAACACGCAGCAGACGCAUUCUGCUUAUGGUUCCAUCAAGAGACGUUCAAUCAAACUGCGGCAGAAGGAUACCAGGGACGUUGAUGACUUUUUGAAUCGAAGAUCAGAUUCUAUACAGAGUAGAAGAAAAGUUUCUUCACUUUCAGACAGAAGCGACACGUCCGAAGUGUAUCCAGCCACGGGUGGGACAGUGAUAAUGCCUGGUGAGGUAGACAGCGGAGGCGAGGAGAGUCCAGGAGUCUUAUCUGACGACCACGAUCAUCCUCCAGAUAGUCCGGACAGCAAUUCUACUGAUCCUCCCGACAAUAGCAAGGGAUUCCCUUGGCUCAAGGUGAUAGUGAAAUUCUUGAACUCCUUCAACUACGUGUGCUGCCACCAAAACUUCUGCCACCCGUACUGUUUCCGACGCAACAUGAGAGCUUGCAUCAGGCUCAUGAAAUCUGUUCACAAGAUUUACGGAGAGAAGUUCGGCCCUGAAGUGAACACUUCAAGCUCGGACGACGCCACCGGUGGAGCGCGCCGAAAUCGGCGCACGCGCAAAGGAUCUGAACAUUCCACUGACAGGAUUGACCGUUCAGUCAUAGAAUCGGCCGGGCUGGCGUACCGAGCGGCGGUAGUUGACCACACGAUGGCUCACGCAGAAAUACCGCCUAUCACCAAGCCUGGCGCGAUGCCGUAUCCACCGCCUGACCCGCCACCUAUACUCAAGUAUCUGAAAGGACAGGUACGCGACGCCCACCACACCACUUUAGCAACACUAAUCAAAGGCGCCACCACAAUGAGUGAAGAACUAUUCGCGGAAUCGGCGCCGGUAGCGUGGCAAUUGCUGCUAGAAUCGGACCGCGAGUUGAGUUCGUGUGCUGCAGCGCUGUUUAUACUGGCCGCUGUGAAGACGCCGCAUACAGCUGCUGAGAUCAUGCAUAACGAUUUGAAGCAUUCCGAGCCUGGAGUUAGAAUAAACGCAAUCCUCCGCUUUCAAGUGAUGUGGAAGCUACGGUACCAAGUGUGGCCGCGUAUGGAGGAAGGCGCGUCUAUGACCUUCAAAGUGCCUCCGCCGGGCAUCGAAUUCACUCUCCCCUCGCCCAAGAUCGGCAUCGAGUCGCUAGCAGUGGUUGAUCCUCCGUGGAGCCCGCAAGUCAAGGAUAAAGAUAUGGAGAUGACCUUGAAUCAAGAACGCCAUCGUUCAUUAGUCACCGCGACGAAAACGCGAAAGAAGCAGCAAACCGAAGCUAUCAAGAGAGCGUUGCAACAGCGAAACGACAAGAAACGCGCGGAGAGAGAAAGCUUCCUCAUCACGACCAUACCUAUCACCAGGCAAGCGGCCAGAGAACCUGCCUUGGACCAUGCGGCCGACGACCAUAUUGAACCGCCAGUAGACGAAGAGCUGGCCGAAGGAGUGAGAGGCUCCCACCACACGCAAGUGGCGUCGGCGCUGUUCCCUUCUGUGCUGUGCUCAGCGGUGGCUGAGAUCGUGUCUUUGCUGGACGACGCGGCUGUCUCGCGCGACGGCUGUUCGGUCUAUGAAGUUGCUUAUCAGGUCAUAUGGGGCUGCCUGGUAGAAGACUCAGCCCUCUUCCUACGUCACGUCUUGGAGCGUUUGACCCGCGACCACCAGGACGAAAUGUUCAAACUCCUACGUCAUCUUAUACGGUUCAUACCGAGACUGCCGCAACAAGCGGCCUUUGCCUUGUAUAACUACAUCAUUGGCUACGUAAUGUUCUACGUCAGGUCUCCUCAUGAAGAUGGACAGAGGUUGAUUGGAGCAGCAUUAUCGAUCUUAUGGAUGGUCGUCCACAGUGUACACGGAAUCAUGUUCAAAGAUUUGAAGCAGAUAUUACGGAAAGAGCAAUGUGAUGCUUCAAUAUUGCUCACAGCGAAUGUGCCUGCUGCUAAGAAAAUCAUCGUGCACGGUCCAUCUGAUAACGAAGGCAGUAUCCCUUCUCAAUUCCCUGUACAAGAAGACACAGUGUUCUCACAAAUCUUAAAAGAAUCGCUUGAUUUCUUUGGCAUCCCUGAACAUCUUCAUCGUGAACAUUUCUUGGUCGAUUUCAAAACGCGUCAAAUACACAACCCGCAAAACUACGUUCGCGAUCAUUAUUUCUUCAAGCGAUCGCAAUACCCUCAACUAGGGUUGGUUCACAUGGAGCCUAACGAGGCUUUCCACAAAUUGCAGCAACAAGAACUGUUGGCGAAGUUUGUUGAGAUUGGGAAAGUGUUGCUUACUUGGGCCAUCCUGAAGAAUGUAGAUAUGGUCGUCCAACGAGUCGUAUUCUUGCACGAUGAACUAAUGAAGCUACCGUCAUUCCCGCGCAAAGCUCUGGAAGCUGAUUUGACUUUAUACAGCCAUGGGCCAUUAGGUUCUACUCUAUUAGGACUAGAUGUUCUACACAAGUUCAUGUGGGUACGUUUGAUAGCGCGUAUGUUCGAAGCGAUGGCGGGUAACUUCACAUCUUCGAGGGACAUUCAUCUGUUCUUGAAUGUCCUCAAUGGCGCACUUAUGUUGCACAGCGAAGACUCCUUGAUACUAAGAUACGUUAUUGCUACUUAUGUGAACGCUGCAUUCAACUUUAAAAGCAUUUUCUCUACUAACGGAUACCUCCUAAUAAUGCCAACUUUGCUGCAAAUUUAUUCGAACUUCCAAACGAAUAAAUUAGUGACUACUACAAUCGAGUACGCCGUGAAACAGUUCUAUCUUCUAAAUAGGAAGCCAUUCAUACUGCAAAUGUUUGGCUCCGUAUCCGCCAUCUUGGAUACGGACGAAGAAUCUACUUACGGUGAUGCAAGCAAGGUCCAAUCCAGCUGCCUCUUCAACCUGCUUCUAAGCUUAGAGACUCCUUCGCCUGAUCCGUUACACAUUGCCGAGCUGAUCAAAGAAGAAAAACCUCUGAAACCCAUCGACUUCUGUUACCGAGACGAAGAGGAAAUGGUCAAUGUACUGGACUGCAUCAGCCUUUGUGUCAUGGUUGUUUCGUAUUCCGCUGAGAGUAUGAGGGGAUAUCAGAUGCUGAUAAUAUUAGAGGCGAUUUUGCCGUGCUACGUGAAACAAAUACAACUGCCGACAUAUAACAGGGAAGGGAAGACUGAAAAGGAGAUCAUACAGCAACUAGCCAUUGCUAUCAAAACUUUAGUCAAUAACUGCGAAGGACUGUCUAAAUCUUACAAUGGUCCAUACAGAACGUCACCAGAACACAAAGGUUCUUCCCAAAGAGCAGUACCUCGCUCUGCGGCGACUAAUAUCAUAUUUGACGAGUCACACUCCAAGUUCGAUAACUCUAAAAUAACUGUGCCUGAAUUUACUGGCACUGAGGAUUCCGAGUUGGUGCGAGCCGAAUACCGCCGUCCUCGUGACGUUCUUUUGUCUCUGGUCGGAGAUUUUAUUGGUCGAGCUACGACAAGGCUAAUAGACCUCAACGGAUCUAAAGGCAGUGGUGGCAGCGAAGGGAAACCGGUGGAACUGUUGGACUCCAAAUCACAUGCUCGUCUAGCAGAAAUCGCCCACUCCCUGCUAAAGGUUUCCCCUUAUGACCCCGAGUCUAUGGGCUGCCGUGGACUAGAACGGUACAUGAGCGAAGUCCUACCAGCUGCUGAUUGGGCAGACGACGCCUUAAGACCGUCUCUGAUCAUGAUCUUGAGACGGCUUGACAAAGUCUUCCUGAAGAUCGCUAAGAAACCAGGCAUUCGGCGGAACACAGACUGGGUCUCAGCGUCGAACUUACUGAAAGGGGUUUACGAAACUAUGAUACGAUGUCCGUACAUAAUGCAUUGGCAGCAAGUGAAGACACUCCUCAAUACUAUCCAGGCACUAAUCGUAUCAGAUAGUAAUAAUACGGGGGAGAAUUUGUCUUCAGCCUCAGCUGCGCUUAUGUCUCAGCCACCACCGGCACACUUUUGUAGCACUGUCGUACGAUUACUCGCUAUACAAGUUGUUAACACAGGGGACAGUUACAGCAUAGAACAAAUGUGUGGCGGCACUGCAAUAUUCCCAUCAGCAGAAAAAACUGAGAAUAUGUUGAUGAACUUACUCAUGCCCCUGUGCUUGCGAAUUGGCAGCGGUAGAAAAGACACGCCUCCCCUCCGUCAAUCGGACGUCAACCAUCUAAUAUCGGUGAUCCUGAACGCGCUAUGCCCGCCGGCGCCGCCCGGCCAGUUGGCGGCCGUCAAUGCGAAACUGAACGCGGCCGAUGCGAGGGCCAACUCGCUAACGUUCACUGGGAGUAGGGACACGAGGAAUACUACUAGGCUGUCCAACCAGCUGUAUAGGAUUGCGUUUUUGUCACUCAAAGUAAUGUGUUCGUGCUUCACAAGCGAGUUAUGUUCCGAGUGGGGCCGUAUAGCGCGAGCGAUGCGCGACUUAGGCCGGCGGAAUGAGGCGGCACACCAUUUAUGGGACUUUUUGGAACACGUCGUCACUUAUAGGACACCGCUGUAUAUUUUGCUGCAGCCUUUCAUAGUGCACAAGCUAUCCCAGCCGCCGAUAGGCGACAACGAGCGCCACAUGCAGUUCGUAGUUCGCGAGCGUGUUCGCGGCCUCAAGCUGCCGGCGGCGCGCGCUCGCGGCACGCUCUUGGCCGAUCUAGCUCGCGAGCUGAAACUUAUGCGCGAAUCUUACGACCAGUUCAAGUACGAUCUAUUUCCCGACCAAAUAGCCGAAAACCUAGGUCAGGGUGCAGGGAAGAGGGCUUCAGAGGUGUUCCCUCGCACGAAUGCACAGGAGAAGCAUCAACAGCACCGGCCCUCGCUUAUAUCUAUGCUGGUGGGCCGCGGCAGUGCUAUGCCAAGGACGCCUGAUCAUCCUUCGGCGCCACUGUCUGCACAGAGAGAGUCCGUAUCGAGCGGUUCCACAACCAGCCAGCACAUGCAACUGUUUGAAGCGAUGACCAGUAGCGGCCGUGCCAGCGACAUCAGCAACAACCAUGGCAGCAGCAACAACUCGCACAUGGGAUCUACAGUCUUUGGAAGCGACACCAAACCUGCCGCCAGCACUCCGUCCUUUGGUAGUACGCAGACCAAACUGAGAUUUGUACCUUCAGUAGAAUUCAAGCUUAAUUCAGGCGAGAACUCAAUGUCGCCCCUAUCGCCUCUCUCACCCCGCGACCCGCGAGAGAGCGAGAGCGACGCCGGCAACCUCGCCGUCCGAAGUGAACCCGACCACGACAGCGAGCCGGGAGACCGCCCGCGGUUACAACGCGCUCAUGGUCCUUCGAAGAAGACCUUUAAGUUUAGACGCAGCCGGAAUACUAAGCCCGACAUGUCACACGCGCGAAUGGAAUCCGACGAGUGCUCAUCACCCGGUCCUGACACCACGCCGCUCCGCCGAGUAUGGUCGCAGCCGCCUCUGCUAGCACCAGCCGCCGCCAACACCGACACCUCGUAUGACAGCGAGAUAUCGCAGACCUCCUCGACUUCCGGAUACAGAGAGAGCUACAGCCUCCAAGCGUCAAUGACGGAGUCCCCGGGCGGGUCGUUGCGGGCCGCGCUCGCGUCCCCGGACGGGGUCCACAGCGCGACGCCCCGCGCAAGCCCCGACGCUUCUCUAAGUUACGAAUCGGGAACAUCAUCGGCCGAACGCACAGCGCUACUCGGCGCAGCCAGCCAAAGGUCUCUUCUGCUGAGCAGCGAUCUACGCGACGAAGACACAUUACUUUAAAAUCUCACUUAUAUUGAGUCCUAUUCUAACAUCACUAGGGACAUCUCAGCUUGACUGAUGCCCGUUUUCACCAUCAAUACCUAAUUUUUAAGUGACCCCUAUGGUAACAAUUAACAGGAAUUUUGUGGUCAUAGGGGUAACUUAAAAAUUAGGGAUUGAUGGUGAAAACGGGCAUGAGACUAGCUACGUAAUCUAGAAAAGUUUACUCAUGAUAACCUCUCGGAAAAGCGAUCGAUUAAUCCAUACGUAGAUUUUACCUACUACUUACAUAAGCAAAGAUUACGCGCCAAGAGUUAAAUGCAAUCACGGCGAUACACCUACAGGAGUAAAAAUGAUGAAUUUUGCAUAGUUUAUAAUUAAACCUAGCAUUUCAAAUGCAUUUAACUCAUGAAAGUGGAUAC